CAGCCACAAACACCCUUCUUCCGCUGACGUUGAUGCUCACGUUCCGACCCUUGGCGCGCCAGGUUCCAUUAUUGAGUCGGCAUACAGGCAGAAUAUCAAUAUCUGCUCCCGUCGCCUCUAUUACUAUCCGGCGAUUCUCUUACCAGCAGCCUCCCAUACCAUCGUUCGCCAGUACACUAGGAACCACCAGCCCGUUCACCAGACGCCUUUUUUAUCGCAAGGAUGGUUCACCUAGAUCAAAGAAGCGGGGAGUCUUCAUAGCGAUCAGCGCAGCAACGGCUGUCGUCUUACUCUCUGCGAUAGAGAAGCUAUUCAUCAUUUUGGAAUUCCAGGGCCUCGUCGCUUGGUCGUUAGUGCACUGCUUCCGCAUUGAUCAGGCAUCCUACGCAUCUCAGGAUUUCUCUGACUAUAAAUCGACUGUCGAAUAUUUCCGGGACCUGGUGCUUGUCCUGCUGGUGAAUUACCAUGAGAUCAACCAGGAGACCGUCCAUCGUGCUUUCGAGAUCAUGACGCAGUGGGAGGGGAAGCAUCGGGAGAAGGUGCAUGGGGUAUUUCGUGCGGCGGCGGAGGAGAUUCAUACCUUGCUGGCCGGAGGGCAGGAUAUAGCUCAGAUGGAUUUGGUUGAAUUCGGGGUCAAGGCAUUCAAAAUUCUGAGUUAUGCCCUCAAGGAGGUUUUUGAUGGCUCGGUCCCUCAGGUUAAGAUCACCCUCAAAAGUAGUCCGGUGGAUAAGAUGAAGGAUUACGAGGUUAUCGGUUAGCCUGAUGGCGGCGACACCGGUUGUUGUGUCAGAAUUUAUAGGAUGGCCAGAAACCCGCUCUUGUUUGCCCUGUAUAGAACUAAGGUUCUGCUGCAAAGGAAG